GGCCAUUCCAUUCACGGCCACUGUGUUUGUGUUGUUAGCUGACUAUGCUGCGCGUUCAUACCACAGUAAAUUUGUCUCGUAUGCGACGGUAAACGCGUUAUUGUAAAUAUUUUUUGAUCCAAUACAGACAGUUGUGAUCAAUGCAUACAUAAAUAUUUACUAAUAAGUAAAAGUGAAGUUAAAGUUUAUUAAAUACAUAAUAUAUUGUUUCUGGUGCAGACGUUGCUAUAAGUGGUAGUGGUGCAUUUGUUUAUUUUUAGAUUUUGCAAUUUGCAGUCAUGUUAUUAUUCCGGUGGCGCUAAAAUGUCUCAAAGGGAUACAGCAAUUCACCUUGUGGCUGGAGGGGUAGCAGGUACAGCUGGAGCAGUGGUUACAUGUCCUCUCGAAGUGGUCAAAACUCGUCUUCAAUCAUCCAAGGGUGUUGGGAUACCCCCUUCAUCGCCACCACCAUCAAACGCAUCUAAUUCUAGACGAGUAUGCUCUAAAUUACCAAAACACCAGGAGGCCAAAUGGGGCUACAGGCGCACGAUGGGCGCCAUGUUCGCGUACAGCAAGCAAGCAGAUCGCAUGCUGAUGUCGUACAAUUACCAGGUGCAGCAGUGCGCGCGAGCGGGGCACGCGAGGCCGCCGCCGAGGAUGAGCCUUAUACAGUGCAUCAGACACAUUGUGAAGAAUGAAGGCACGCGAGCGCUGUUCAAGGGUCUAGGGCCGAACAUUGUGGGAGUUGCGCCAUCCAGAGCCAUCUACUUCUGCACAUAUUCGCAAGCGAAGGCCAUUCUCAACCAACAUAUACCACCAGACACGCCUAUAGUGCAUCUAUCUGCAGCUAGCGCGGCUGGAUUCGUCUCAUGUACAAUGACCAAUCCGAUCUGGUUCGUGAAGACUCGCCUGCAACUCGACGGGCAGAACGUUACGGCUCUCGAGUGUAUCAAAAGGAUAUAUGCGAGACACGGCAUAAAGGGCUUCUACAAGGGCAUAACCGCCUCGUACAUGGGCAUCAGCGAGACGGUGGUACACUUCGUGUUAUACGAAGGUGUGAAAGCGCGGCUGGUGGCAGCGCGCCGUGGUGACGGUGUGGGACCAGACACUCGCUCACCGAGGGACUUCCUGGAGUUCAUGGGCGCUGGAGCGUUCUCCAAGACCGUGGCUUCUUGUAUCGCGUAUCCACAUGAGGUGGCAAGAACACGGCUCAGAGAGGAAGGCGACAAAUAUCGCAAGUUCUGGCAGACGCUCCAUACCGUCUGGAUGGAGGAGGGCUACCGUGGAGUCUAUAGGGGCCUAGGCACGCAGCUGGUCCGUCAAAUACCGAACACAGCGAUCAUGAUGUCGACAUACGAGGCAGUAGUGUAUCUGCUCACGACACACUUCAAUAGCUCCUUCUACGAGAACACUUAGCCGCUGGCCUGUGAACGCUCAGAGCUGAUCCACACUCGAUGUCGAAGGCAUUAGUCAUGUAGACGACUAAAUGUGACUGUUUAGUCGCAGGAGGUUAUAGAAGCCAUUGUUAGUUUGUAGCAUCCAGUUUUGUCUAUGGCAAGAAUAUGGAUACACCCAUGUUUGAUCUAUGGCUAUGGUUCGUUGUCUAUGAUACAUUUCUUCAAUAAUAAAAGUAUUGUCACUCGAGAUAUCGUUUAUAUUGGUUUGCACACAAUAUGUUGAAAUUGGUUCACGUUUUGUAUUGAUAGAUUUUUAUAUUUUUAAACAUAUUGUUAUAUUUUGACUGUAUAAUAUCAUUUUUAUACGAUACUCUUUUAUUGGUUAUGGAGAAAUUUUGUAGGAUGGCUGUUUCCCUCGAGCUAUUAUUGUUAAGUGAUAACAUAGUGAGUGUAUACAUAAAUGUUUCUUUUGUAGUUUUAGUAAAAACGAAAACGAGUUUAACACUAUGGUUAUUUGGAAGUAACAAAUCCAGUCCGAAUAAGCCGCCUACUUACUCGCAAGUUUUAAUGUUAGUCAUUAGGUUUCUAGUCUUGCAGCGAAUCGAAAUCUAAAAUCAUGCCCUUACGCAAUCUUUCUAAAUUAAAAAAUAAAUUUCACACAUAGAUUGUUUAAUUAUUAUGUAUUGUUAAAUAAAUUGUUUAAAUCUUUAACUUCUCUGUACAAUUUUCCAAUUUAUACCUUAUAACACAUUCGAAAGAAAUUUAACGUUUUUUAGUUAUUGCAUCCGUCAGUCUAAAGGCAGAUUUUUCUAAAUAGUGACUUUACCACAUUUUUGACAAUAUAAAAUGAUAUUAAGUCAAUAAUUGAGACAAAAUUUGCCUUUGGAUAGGUUUUUCGAGUUUGUAAGACUGUUUGUAAAUGAUGAAAAUUAAAAAUUGUCAUAAUUUAGAUGUUGUGAAUCCUGUUGUCUCUAUUUAAAGAAAUAUUAUGCUAAGGGAUUUUUGUUAGUCAUACAAUAUAUUUAUAGGUAAUUAUUUUUUCGUAUAAUAAGAGCAUAUACUUUCUAUUAAAUUUAUAAUGAGCAAAUUUCGAAUCAAAAUUGAUUUAUUUUAUCUUUGUAAGUAAUAUUCAAAGGUAUAAUAAGAAAUAAAAUUUUAAACAAAUGUUAUCAAAUAUAAAUUCUAGCACAAAUGUUGCGUAUUUAGAAUUCAUGAAUUCUAUAAAAGAGAAAGGUAUUUUGGAAGUCCCUGAGUGCAGUUAAAAUAGUUAAUUGUGAGCUGUGAUAUAGCGCUUAUAUUAGUUAUUUGUAAACAUUGGAUUUAUUCAAUGUAUAGUGCUUUCAGAAUGACUACAUAUAUAUAUUAUUAUCGUUACUCGAUCGUAAGUUUAAUUUCAUAGCGUGUUUAUGUUCUAAUGAGUAUUAGAACAUGAAUAUUUAUUAAUUCUGUAGAUGUUGAUUUUGUAUGUCAAGGUAAGUAGAUUUUUGGUUGUUAGAUAUAUUGUAAAGAUAUAAUUGGACGUAUGUCAGACUGAGUAUAAGAUACAAUUGAAUUUGUUUAACAAAUAAAUCAUUAAAAGUA